GGGGCGGCAUGGCGGGGCCGGGCCAUGGCGGAGGCGGCGGCGCGGCGGGCGGUGGCGGAGCUGCCGCUGCUGCGGGCACCGGCGGGGCCGCGGGACCGUGAGGGCUGGGCCGAGCGGCUGCGGGAGGAGUACCGGGCGCUCAUCCAGUACGUGGAGAACAACAAACGCGCCGACACCGACUGGUUCCGCCUGGAGUCCAACCCCGAGGGCACCCGCUGGCAUGGGCGCUGCUGGUACAUCCACGAGCUGCUGCGCUACGAGUUCAACAUCGAGUUUGAGAUCCCGGUGACGUACCCGGGCACCGCCCCCGAGAUCGCCAUCCCCGAGCUGGACGGGAAAACCGCCAAGAUGUACCGUGGGGGUGACACAUUUUGGGGGUGACACGUCCCGGGGGUAUCCCCCCAGCUUGGUCCCUGGCUGGCCGUGGAGAUCCCGGACCUGAUCUCCAAAGGUCUCAUCCAACACAAGGACAAGUGACCAACGGGGGGUGGGGAGGGGACUUUGGGGGUCCCCUCCCCCUCCCCUUGGGGGUCCCCCCACCUUGGGGGGGUCCCACCCUUCCCCUCCCAGCUGCUGCCGCCCCUCCCCACCGCUUGGCUGCCGCUCGCCAAUAAACGCUGAACCUCUU